GCUGGUAUAGAAUUUUGGACAAAUCUUGCAUGAGUUGCUGGAUGAUGUUAAAGGAGCUAAGGGCACGCAGAGGGGCGGUUGAUAUGCGUCCGCCGUUGACGGAGUUGCUGCGAGUUGCAGACCAGACGUCCCACUCGUCUACAUCGUCGUCCUCUACCGGUCCCUCUUCCAGUUGCUCGUUCGAGGACAAACACGGCGUGCGUCCUAACAAAGCCGACAGAAUGGUGUCCAAGAAGACACAGCCGUUGAACGAAUGGCGGAACCGUGUCUUCCUUGCGGUUAGUGGUAGGCCAGCCAACAACCUCGUAGCCUGUCCUACCAAGGUCCAGGCGUGAUGAAUGUUGCCGAGGGAAAUUUGAGUCAACACAAAAAUAAGAAUUGCAUGAAUGUGGCCAAGAUCCAGACUCCUCGGCUCUGCGAGAAGCUGCUCUUGAAUGGAGAGCUGGAUGGCCGACGGAGACGUUAGGCGGACAUCGUGGUUUCCUCUUAGAAUAGAGGUGUAAGAUAUCACAGCCCAUAGUACUAGAUUGCAUGAUGUCGCACUCGUUGUCGGUCGAUUCCCAGUCGUAUGCAUGGCCCGAAGGAGUUCUCGGCGUUCAAGAAUUGGAAACCAACAAUGCGUGUAGGUGAAGUAAAAGUCGACCAGGUCUGGGGUAUUUUCCGGUAUCAGCCAAUUAACUCCUUUUGACGUGGUUUGAGAUGCCCUUUGGCUCUGGAAUGGCUCUUGGAUAGUCUGAAUGAUCAUGGGCUCGUUCGAGCCAAAAUCUAUUGGUGCACCGACUAAAUCUUCCAUGUUCUCAUCCUGAUCGCGAGUCUCCACCGGUUCCCAGUCAGAGCCAUCGUGGCCAGCUUCUUCAUGAUCGGGUUUCAACAAUUGAUUCACGUCUUGGGAUAAUCUUGAUUUUCGCCAAACGGUCACAAGAUGAUCUGCUUGUCCACUUUUUAGGAAAUUGCCUUUGCCUCGUGCAUCGCGUAAGAGGCCAAAGACAGUGCUCUCACCCCCAGGCACAUUCUGGAGAACAAGACCUAGAGUAAUUUCAAGGCUUCGGACAUAUCCGGAUGGCAGGCCUCGUCGACCUCCACCAGUUUGAUAAGUGCAGGUCCGGUUUGCAGCAUGACAUAUCUUGCACACGGGCUGUUCUCCGUCACACUUGGACUUGCGACGUCGGCAUUGAUCACAAGCACGAUAAAUGCGCUGCCGUUUCGAGGGACGUGGACUGGACAUUGAAUCCACGCUUAUCAGUCAUCCAACAUCCUUAAUUGAUUCACUGGUCGCUUCGCCUGUAGAAGAUGAAUAUGGUUGGGUUGACUGCGAGUGGCAAACAGUCAGGUGAUCGGCCUUGGGUUUAGCCGAUGGCAAUUCUGUGGACGAGCCGACAACCAGCCACGCAGAGGUUCGUUCACAGAUCAAAGAAAAGACAAUGUCUGGUAAAAUCGCGAAUAGUCAUUUCAUGUGCAAAACACAGUCUCUGAAAUGAGUGCUAUCGAAAGCUCUCCUGGUCCAUUGAAGUGCAGCAGGACGCCGCCAGCGUCUGCCAACAAAAUUCUUGGCAUUCGACGACAAUAUAGCUCGGAUGCUACGAUAUUACUCGUCGGGCUUUUUGGUGCUGGCAAGAAGACGCUUGGAAUAAUUGCAUCUGUUGCCUUACGAAGACGUUUCGUUGACUUUGAUGCGGUCUUCAAUCAAGAAGUUCAAUCCUCACCUCAAGAGUUUAUAGCUUGCCACGGUCUUGCACGAUAUCGCGAUCUCGAACUCCAAAUAUCAAAGGAUCUCCUCGCAAAAUAUGAUACGGGUUGUGUCAUCGUUGGCCUUGGAGGCACGGCGAGCCCUUCGCAGCGCACCCUUCUAACCGAGUGUGGUCGGCGACAUCCCGUUAUCUAUGUGCGACGUGAUGAGCAUGAUCUACAACGGCUCUCGGGAACCACCCCGGACAAGUUUAGUCGCAUCUUCGAGAUUGUGAAUGCGUUUUUCGAGUCUUGCACCAAUUUUGACUUUUUCAAUCAUACUCAAAGCGAAUCUCAGAGCGCUCCGACAUUGCCUGCCUACCUCAAGCUCAAAGAGACCGAGCGUGUAUUUGUGGCAUUCCUACAGAGGAUUUUUGGAAGAGAUCAUCGCCAAGUUUUCUCAGUCGAUCCAUUUUCAAGGUCACACACAUACGCUUUACAAGUUCCUGUGGCAUAUCUGGAUAAACCGGAGCUUGAUCUGGAAUCACUUGAGUCUGGCGCUGACGCUAUCACUCUUGUGGUUCAACCCGAAGAUAUAACCUCCACCAAGUUGACGGAAAAGCUUGUACGCCAUAUCGCCUUGUUGAGAAAACAUUCCCGAGUUCCAAUAAUUGUGGAUGUGUCCGCACCUCAUUCAACACAUUCGACUUUCGAUUAUCACAAAGCUCUCGCGACCACCCUUCGACUUGCCCCAGAUGCCCUGACAUGUUGCCUUGAAUGCGACCAUGGUCUUCUCUCCGAGCUUAAAUUUACAAAGGGCUAUACCAAAAUCAUUGGCACGCUUCAUAACCCCAUUCCUAUUGGAUCUCAAGCUGCCAUGCUGUCAACCGUCACCGAGCUAAGCAGGGAUUCCGAAUGUGACGCCCUACGAGUGACUGGAGAAGCAAUCUCACCGGAUCAGAAUUACGCCUGCCUAUCCUUUUCUCAUGACAUAGGAACAACCUUGGAAAUUCCUAUCAUCACAUACAAUACGGGACCAAUGGGACGAGUUUCGAUUUGUCUGGGCCGAACUCUGUCACCAGUUGUACUCCCAUCCUUGCAGGAGACAGGCGUAACAAUGCACGAAGCGCAAUGUGCGUUGACCGCUUGUUUCUUGCAGUCGGAGAAAACCUUCACCAUUUUCGGACAAAGUGUGAAGUACAGUCUUUCGGCAGCGAUGCAUAACACUGCUUAUGCGGCAUGUGGAUUGCCACAUGUCUACGAUACCAUCCAAAGUCAGAACUUAUCAGAUAUCCACCCCCUCUUGAACGAUGAGAACCACGGUGGCGUGACGAUCUCUCUUCCUUACAAAUCAGCAAUCCUACCUUUCCUUGAUGAAGUCAGCUCUGAUGCAAAGGAUAUUAACGCCGUCAAUACGGUAGUGCUGGAACAUAGUCAGCUUCUCAGCGGUGAAAGCGUCACUAUUCGACGGGGUUACAACACUGAUUACAUUGGUAUCAGAGAUUGCAUCCACAAGCACCUUUCUCCAGCAAAUGCAGUUCGUGAUGGUACCACGGCUUUGAUUAUUGGCGCUGGAGGAAUGGCUCACGCUGCGAUCUAUGCAUGCUAUGAACUUGGCGUUCGGAGGAUGUGCAUCUACAAUAGAACGACCGAAAACGCCAAAAAGCUUGCAGAUUAUUUCCAUCAGUGGGCAAAGUCAAAGUCAGGUGUGAAUUUGCAACUCGACGUGCUCUGCUCGCCAGAGGACCCUUGGCCGUCAGACUGCCGUCUACCCACUAUUGUCACCUCCUGCAUUCCACCAUAUGAGCUUGGAAGUGAAAAUCCAAUCGAUAUGCUGCUGUCAGAACGGUGGCUUAGCAGCCGAACAGGUGGCGUGUAUCUUGAGGUUGGAUAUGGCCCCUCCAUGACUCGAUUGAUGGAACAAUUCCUCCCGCGUGCAUCGAAGGGGUGGGUGGUAGUAGAUGGACUGAUGGUGCUGGUUGAGCAAGGCAUUGCUCAAUACGAGAUCUUCACCAAGCGACCAGCACCAGUUCAUGUGAUGCGACGUGCAAUUCGUGAACAGUCCAUCCGGCAUGGCUUUGUUCAUGGAUGACGAUUUUUUAUCUUCGCAUAAAUGCAUCGGUCUACCCAGCUGUUCGCAACAGGUAAUAUAUCGUUGGUCGUGAGACCCCGGGGAGUGUGUUGUUGAAUAGCUGUAUGAUAAUUAUUCGAUACAUCUUCCUUCUCAGCUUAGCUCGCUGUCUCAUCUAGUAUGUUUUCGAGUAGAGAACCGAGACACUAGAUUUACCAAAUAGUUUAUUUUGAAUCCUUAAUUCCUAUCAUCGCCUCCGU